AUUAAUAAUUCUGAAAAACUUUCCCCCGUUACGAUCUCUCUGGUUUACAUUCACUCCACACACGCGCGCCCGAGGCCACGAGAUACUCUGUAUACACGCAUCGAGCAAAACAAGCAGAGACCGGCGGCAUUCAUCAUGGCUUUUUGUGUGUGCUCCUUGGAACUCAUGGCGUAGCCCAAAUCCAUUAAAUUUCUAGGAUUUUUUUGUCUUGAAGCUCUUAUACAUCUAUCUAUCUGUCUGUCUGUCUGUCUGUCUAUCUAUCUAUCUCUUUUAAUGGCUGAUGUUGUUCGAUUAUCAUUCCAUUCACUUCGUUUCUCUUCCUCUCUGCUCAACUCCUUCGCGUCCUCCUUGAAUAGUCUCCGACCAGGUCUCCUAUCCAUUCAGAAAACAGAUAAGAGGGUUUAUCCUCUUUUGUAUUCCUCUGCUGGCGAUUUGACGCGCUUUGAUUUCAGACCCAGAAAGCAGCCGGUCUCUUUCAAGGUUCAUGCAACUGUGGCUGAAACUGACCAACCGAAAUGGUGGGAGAAGAAUGCGCCAAAUAUGGUUGACAUUCAUUCCACACAAGAAUUUUUGAGUGCUCUAAGUCAGGCGGGAGAUAGAUUAGUUAUUGUAGAAUUUUAUGGUACCUGGUGUGCUUCUUGCCGGGCACUAUUCCCGAAGCUCCGCAGAACAGCUGAAGAACUCCCGGAAAUUGUAUUUCUGAAAGUCAAUUUUGAUGAGAAUAAGCCAAUGUGCAAAAGUUUGAAUGUGAAGGUGCUUCCUUAUUUCCACUUCUAUCGUGGAGCAGACGGACAAUUGGAAUCCUUUUCUUGUUCACUUGCAAAGUUUCAGAAGAUAAGGGAUGCUAUUAUAACACACAACACAGAUCGUUGCAGCAUUGGCCCCCCAAAGGGAGUUGGAGAUCUUAAACUAGAACUCUCCUUGGCUCCAAAGAACAGAGCGGCAGAAUCUACAUCAGCUUAGAGCUUCCUCCAUUCAUGCACUUCAGUAAAAAUGUCCAAUUUCAAUAUUUCAUUAAUGAUCAAUCUCAUAUUUUGUUUAAUCAAACCCAAAAAAAAAAAAAAACCAAUAUUCUGUAUAUUGGCAUUUCAUCUGUGAAAGAAUACUAUGUAGAAGUUGCAAUCCUACCACAUUCUUUGCCAUCCAUGAACUGGCAGUUAUGCAUCUACUUCAAAAGUCAAAACUUAAGUGAAAAUGAAAUUCCAGUUUUUUAAUUUA